AUGAUUCCUCAUACUUCCGCUGGUGUUCAACCGUGGGCCCAUCAGAUUCGCACUCUAGGCAGUCAUAACGCUGGGGGGCCGGAUGGCGUAAAUGCCGCAGAUCGCGCCGUGUCUGCUGCUGAGAAGUUGCCAGGGGCCGUCUCCAUGCCUCAGAACGACCAGACUGUUAUCGACCUGACAUCUGGCGAGUCGGCAGUGCAAGAGAAUGAGCGUCCGACGAAAAGACAGAAACUAGAUGUUGCCACUGGUCCCAACGUCAGAAGCGCAGAGGGCAAAGGUGUGUCUAGCCCAGCGGCCUGGAGAAGUGCCCCUCUCGCACACCGCGCUCGUCCAGCAUGGUCGUUUCAGGAGCUGGUGUCGGAGACAUAUGCAGGGAACCCAGCGACCGGUAAUGAUGCUCGGAAUUCUUCCUCCCCUCUUCCCUUUCCAGUUCGACCAUGGAAGUAUACGCCUCUGCGCCAGGGCAGCAAUACCGGGGGUUCGAGGGAGGCCUCGCCCGAGAGACAAGUUCAGACAACACCGUAUCACCUCGAGACACCCUCGGUUGCCCCAGUACUCAAAGGAGAAAAAGUUGCCGAUUUCUCCCCGUGGACCGGGAAUCACCCGGAAGACGUGCUAAAUGAGCAAGCCGCCAAGCAAGGACAUUACGACCGUACACAGGUUUCUCAGAAUGAGUCCAAUACUGCGAGACCGUCACUGUACGCGCAGCUUCGACACCGCUCCGGUCUACAGGUGCUGUCGUCCGUUUUCGCAGCUGCUCUUGAAAAGCGACAGACGAGCAGCAAACUUUCUGCAGCAUCGACGUUCAAACCGCCUCCCCGAGUAACACUCACUGAUAACAAACGGGAGGCUUGGCUGCGCGAUCUCGCCAAUCCCAAUGUUCCGCUACGCAGGCUCAGCCGGACCAUACCGCAUGGCGUGAGAGGAAAGCUGCUUCUGGAUCAGUGCCUCAGCAAGUCAAUCCCCAUUGGAAGAGCUGUAUGGCUGGCUAAGUGCGUCGGGGCAAACGAAAUCCGUGCCUUCAAGCGCAAGGGCACAAGCGGUACGCUAGCUCUGGGGCUCGAGGUUAAAUGGAUCAGAGAUUGGACAAUGAACGUCCAUCUGUUCAUCGAAGGAGUCAUUUCCGGUUGCCGGGAGCCGGAGUGGAAAGCGAAGAUAGCAUAUGCUGUGAGACUCACGGCUCGCUUGUAUUUCGAACACCUACUCGACCAAGACCAGCAUCUCGACUGGUUCCUGUCUUCCUUAGAGAUGGCAUCACUUGAUCGCCUUCCGAUAUGGCUUAUGGUCCUUGGCGUGUAUUGGGGUAGUAUUGUGCCAUUCAGACGCCGCGGAAGAAAGCUUAUGGAGAUUCUACUGGAAAAACUUCGACAUAUCUCUCAAACAGGGCAGGAAAUACUUCUGGAACCAAUGUCUCAUCGAUUGUCGCAUCUUAUCAGGAAGCUGGUCUAUGAGCAAAGCUCCUCCGCGGUUAUUCCUAGAUCAUGGGACAAAUACAGAAACAUCCUGUCCUCCUGUCUGGCAACUAAUUCCGGAGACGAGGCCGUAUUUCAGGCUCUGGUCGAUCGUAAUUCUUACCUGCAAUGUUGCAAGGGUCCGGGCAAUGUCUCUCAACGCUCCCCUCUACGCCAAAUAAUUACAUCUCUUGAUUCUGCUUGCUCCACUUAUGAUAUAAACACCGCUUCUGAGGCGUGCUUAAGUGUCAUCGACGACAAGGAAGCUUUAAUCGCUAGGGUUCUCGAAUGGUGUUCCACCUCCUUCCGUCAGGGUCUUGUUAGGGUGUAUAUUGCCAUACGCUUGCUGCGGAAGUGGAGACGAUCAGGAGUGGAUACGGAUCAUCACAUCUUCUCCUUCCUCUCAAACGCCAAGGGUAAAGUCGGGUUGCAUAUGGACAAUGUGUACCAUGUCGUUUCUGAGCUUGUCAGGUCGCAGACGUUCUCUGUUGGCAGAUAUCUGCAAUGGCUCAUCGCCAAAGGCAUCGUCGACUCUCACCAGGAGAAUGAGCACAAGGAGGUGUGUCUCUAUAUCGAACUGCUCCGUCACAUCCCUGUGGGGCGUCUUCCGGAACACGUUUGCAGCCUUCGUAACACGCUUAUGCUCCGUGCUGGCUUCCCACCUUCUGAAGAAGGCUCUAUCAUCGACGCGCUCAGAUCACUUAUCAGGCGGCUGCUUCCGGAGAUUUUUGGGUCAGAUACCAGGACCAAUACUGACUCCACUGACAACAAAAUGUUGUUCAAUCAGACACACGCUGUGAGGUCUGAAAUUGGCCAGUGGAUACGAUCCGGUGUGUCAAGGCGUUCUAGAAAUACUACAGCAAGGGGGUACCACGGGCAUCGUUCAUCCCACCCCGACGAGGUGACAUUCCUAACUCCAGAUGAAUUCUAUACUAUUCGGGGCAUCAUGGAAAUCUUCGGGGACCUCUCGAUAUUAGCCGACAUACUGAACGACGCUGCCAACUCGGAUAAUAUCAUCGUUCUGGCUUCGGUUGUGGACACUCUCAACUAUCAUUUUGACUCUUUUACUGUCAUCGGCGCCAUGAUGGAUCUUUGGAGAGCGUCUGUUGAUGCUUGGUCUCGUGUAAAAAGUGCUGGUCUGUCUACACGAGAAUUGGUCUAUUCUCUUGUGGAACUGGGACUCCGCCUUCCUACUGAAGCUAGUACGGUGGCUAUUCUCCGUCAUGAGCUAUUCCGGCUAGAUUGCAGAUCAACACUAGCUGCGUCGUCGCCGGUAUCUGAUCACAUGGUAGAUACGAUAAGCUCUGAGAAGUGGACAUCCAACGAGGACUUGGAUCAACUUCUGUCAUCUGCGACAGGCAUGGAAGAAUCCAUGCUAGCUACAAUUUUCGGAAAUCUCUGCAGGCGUCUAGAAUUCAUUGGAUCUGCAGACGGGCAUCUGCCCUUGGACGACACAUGCCGCCACUUAGUGCAGCUGAGAUCUUUUAAUUCCAAACUCUUCGAUACUUUGUUGAUCAGAUGGAUUGGACAAGUCCUCAAAUCCACGCCUCGGCCAAGACUCUCAAAGGUCCUGGUCCCAUUGGUCGGGGUCGGGUGCGUGAGCUUAAAGGGCUUCUUUGCUCUGGCAAGAAAAAUGCUGCAGCUUGAAUCCAGUGCUGCCAUUCCAGACGCUGUCGAGCUGCGGCUGGAGCUUCUUGAACUUCUUUGUCCAUUGUCUCCCACGCAGCGAGAUACAUUGAACUUGGUCGCUUAUCGCUUUGCAAUAGCUCAACAAGAGUUCCUCACCAAAAACGCUGAUGAGAUACUUGAUUUGAUCCGGGACACUGGAGACAGUUUUGUCGCGUACGCUAACUCGGACAGCAUGAAAGGCACUCUGCUGUCAUUCCAUGCUUGUUCAAUACCUCUGCUCUGCCACUUGCUUGUUCGCAAUCCUCAAUCUGUAGUCGAGCGCUGCGUUCAAAAGCUCCGUGGCGAGAGUCGGUCUACCACGAAUGCUGUACAAAAGGCUUUGAAUCUGCUCCUUGGGUUUAACGACAAGUCAGAUUCAGCCCUUAUCGAGGCAGAGGACGCCUUAAAAGCAGCAAACGACUUCUCGCUGCCGUUCUGUCAGAUGAAACUUCAGCUUUUGUUCAACGCAGAAUCGGGAGAAGGAAUGAAAAAUGGCAUCAUAGAUGUCAUUUUCAGGGCAGCAGUGGCAGACAUCCAGGCAAGAAGAUCAAACUGGGUUGACUUGGUAGUAACAAUGAGUAUAGAGGCGGUACAGCAGAUUCGACAACGAGCUGAAAGAGGCUUUUUCUCGGUUGCAUUAUCUGAUUGCUCUGUCGGCGAGCCUCAGGUUGACGAGCACAGCGCACAAGACAUCGCAAGGGUGUAUCUCACCAUUGUCGAAGAACUCGCAUACAGUAUUCCAGACACUGGCGUUCCUUCUAUUGCCCCGUUGCUUACUGAAAAGACGAGUAUCUUGCUGAAUAAGAUCGUUGCUCUGCAGAACAGUGUAAGGAAUCUCUCUCGAAAUGAGGGCGCUCUGGAAACCGACCAAAUAGAACCAACGCUUUCUACUUUCGGAAGGCACAGUGCUUUCUGGAUCACUGCUCUCCUAAGGAUGACUAUCAUCCAUUGUUCCGCAUUUACGGGCUCUUCUGCAGCAGGCAAGCCUAGUAUCCUGGACCAGACUCGCUUGCUGAUCGCCAUCUGUAUUAUUGCUACAUCGCAGCCCCCUUCAGGUCCAGUUUCCGAGUCUCAGGCCGCGGCCUGCCUUCCCGGACAGCAACGAGGGCAGUCUCUCAAAGGUCUACAGGCCUAUGCUUUCGAUGUUGCUGCUUGUCUUGUGGAUGUCCUUCCUGAAGAUGUUCGUCAACACUGUGCUCGCUUUCUGAAGGAACGAUGUCCAUCAUCUCUCCACGUGCGGAAUAACCCCCGUCUACUCUACCUCCUUGGCCCUGUAGCGGAUCUCGGGACGUUUACUCAAUCCCAAGCUGCAGCUGGAUCGCCACCCGCUACGUCUGGCCCUGCAUCUACGCCAUCGUCGUCGUCGAAUCUAGGCACCGGAACACCCGCAGGCCUGCAGUCUAGUUCGCCAGCUAUGGCCUUUGCCGGGCCAUUUGAAGACCCAAGCCACCCUGCAAAUCGUCUUCGGAUUCAGAAUCGUGGGCGCGUGGUCGGGGCUUAUCCUUUCAGGCCGUGGGAGAUGCUGGAAGGAGCCGCACCUGUCUUGGGCGUAAAUGACACUGCCGUGGCUCUUGGUUUCUUCAGCGCCAGAAAGACGACUGAGCUUCAGUAA